GUGUCCCUCAGCCUAAUAUAACUUGGUUGAAGAGAGGAGGAUCUCUGAGUGACAAUAUUUCCUUGCUUUUCAAUGAGCCUUUUUGGGAGCCUGGUAACUGGUCACAUUGUUCUGCCACCUGUGGCCACUUGGGAACCCGUGUUCAGAGACCCCAGUGUGUGAUGGUCAAUGGGCAGGAAGUGAGUGAGGCCCUUUGUGACCACCUCCAGAAGCCGCCGGCCAGGUUUCAGCUCUGUAACAUCCGGGACUGCCCCGCGAGGUGGUUCACGAGUGUGUGGUCAGAGUGCUCUGUGUCUUGUGGUGAAGGAUUCCACAGUCGGCAAGUAACAUGCCAGCAGAUGAGAGCCAAUGGAACCGCGCAGGUGGUGUCUCCAAGAACAUGUGCCUCUAAAGACCGGCCUCUGGGAAGAAAACCAUGUUCUCGUCAUCCGUGUGUUCAACAGGUCACUGGACCAGGAAGCCAGACCUCUUCAGCUGAAUUGGUGUGCUGUUGGCUUGCCCAAGCAUCCUCCAAAUUCCUAACAGAAAAACAAUUAUUGAACCAAUUCAAGCUAGGGCCCUCUUCCAGUAAUGUUUGUGGGCUGGGAGACAUUCUCAUGCAGUACAAAUACAUGUUCCAGAAGCCUUGCCCUAGGGAACACGGGCAGAUACCCCCAAAACCCACCUUUAAGAGGAACUGCAUGUCAGGGGCCUGCGAUGUGUGCUGGCGCCCAGGCCCUUGGAGGCCCUGUACAGCAGCCUGUGGCAGGGGCUUCCAGUCUCGGAAAGUCGACUGUGUCCACGCAAGAAGCUGCAAACCUGUGGCUGAGAGAUACUGUGCACAGAAAAAGAAACCAACUUCCUGGCGGCACUGUCUUGGGCCUUCCUGUGAUAGAGUCUGCACAGACACAACUCACUACUGUAUGUUUGUAAAGCAUCUUCAUUUGUGUUCUCUAGACCGCUACAAACAAAGAUGCUGCCAGUCAUGUCAAGAAGGAUAAACCUUUGGAGGGGUCAUGAUGCUGCUGUGAAGAUAAAAGAAAAAUAUAAAAGCUCUUUUCCUCACGUAGCUGGCUCAGAAACAUGUAUUUCUUAAAUAACUCAAGAUUCCAUGAUCAAAGAGAGGUUGAUGCAAAAACAUCAGUUAAAACUUUG